CUCUCAUCAAACUCAAAAGAAAAUCUCAUCACAAAUUUUUUCAAUAAUUUCCAUUUUGUUUCUUAAUUUUCAUUAAAAAAAACCCAACAAAGACAAAAACAAUGUUGGUGUUGUCAAAACCAGCAAUUGAACAGUUCUCUUACACCAGAAACAGCAGGCCAGCCUCUACAUUGUUCACUCAAAUCCCUCUUGUAGACCUCUCAAAGCCCGAUUCAAAGCACCACAUAAUCAAAGCCUGCGAGGAGUUGGGAUUCUUCAAGGUGGUCAACCAUGGUGUUCCAAUGGAAUCCAUUUCCCUGCUGGAAUCUGAAGCCACCAAGUUCUUCGGUUUACCACUCUGCGAGAAACAUGAAACAGGACAACCUGAGCCUUACGGUUACGGUAAUAAAAGGAUCGGUGUUCAAGGUGAUGUUGGUUGGGUCGAGUAUCUUCUCUUGACAACUAAUCAAGACCUCAAUCUCCAUAGGUUCAAAACUCUCAGAUUGGCUUUGAGUAACUACAUGAAAUCAGUGAAGAAAAUGGCUUGUGAGAUACUUGAAACAAUUGCUGAUGGGUUGAAGAUUCAACCCAGAAAUGUGUUGAGUAAGCUGUUAAUGGAUGAAGAGAGUGACUCCAUUUUCAGGGUUAACCAUUACCCACCAUGCCCACAUGUUCAACCUGCGAAUGCUAAUGGCAGCAACGGUGACGUGAUUGGAUUUGGUGAACACACUGACCCACAGAUUAUCUCAGUGCUAAGAUCCAACAACACUUCUGGUCUCCAAAUCUCCCUUAGAGACGGAACCUGGAUUUCAGUUCCACCUGACCAGAACUCAUUUUUCAUCAAUGUUGGUGACUCCCUACAGGUGAUGACCAAUGGGAGGUUUAAAAGUGUAAAGCACAGGGUGGUGACCAACAGUGAGAAAUCUAGGCUUUCGAUGAUUUAUUUUGGGGGACCACCGUUGAGCGAGAAGAUAGCACCAUUGCCGUCCCUGAUGAGAGAUGACCAGCAAAGCUUGUACAAAGAGUUUACAUGGUUCGAGUACAAGAAAUCUGCCCACAACUCAAGGUUGGCAGAUAACAGGCUCAUCCACUUUGAGAAAAUUGCCGCCUCAUAAGAAAUAGGGUUCUAGUACAAAACAUUUCCUAUAGUUGGGAAACAAAUUGUGUCUUCUCUUUUUUGCUACUUCUUUGUUUCUACUCACUGUAACUAGGACCUUCUCCUUCAUAUGGUACAAAUUCCAUUCCCAUCUUAGGUACUGUAUAAGGAGGUGUGACAAUAAACACGUAUAUAAGAUUUU